GCGAAGUUAUCAAGUACACUCCCUCUUUCCCCGUCACCUCGCUCCAUUCUCUAGCUUCUAUUUCUCUCUCACUCUCCCCCUUUCUCACUCUGUUUUUCUCAGUCUCUCUGGGUUUUAUUUGCUGCGGAUCUACUGAAAACGCUAUACAGAAUAAAUCGAAUUCAAGCGAAUAAAUAAAAGGAUAUGACAAGGAUGAAGGACAGUUUUGCUUCAUAAAGCGAGACGCUUUCUGAGUAUGAGAAAAGCAGGCGUCGUCCCCUCGAAGAUGUUCCAGACCUGGGGAGGUCUGGAGGGAUGUACAUUGAAGCGACAGUGAAAACAAACCGUCACACUUAAGGACGCCAGCUCUCUCUCUCUCUCUCUCUCUCUCUCUCUCUCUCUCUCUCUCUCUCUCUCUCUCUGUUAAUGCCUCACUGGUCUUAUUGUCUAUAUUUCUGUUCUAACUGAACGCCUGUGUGCAGACUCAUCGGGCAUUCGAUGGAUUUACAGUGGAUUUUAUAGACUAGUUCUGUAAUCCUUUUGUUUGGUUAUGUCGGUCCACUCCCAUCAGAUGUAUUAGCCUACUUGUAGCAAUCCAGGAAAAUAGCUUGAAACUUUUGUGGCGUCCGUGGUGACACCCGUGGUCUUGCGCGCGGAUUGCUCUUCAUCGCUGGAGGGAAGAAAUCUUUUUUCUUGCACACGGGUCAAGUAGCUACAGUACUCUGCGUGUGCUCUUCACGACCAGCUGGAAUAAUAUGUCCUUUUCACUUGCGAGAGCAUUUCUGAAAUUAUAUAGAAAUUAUUUGUAACCACGGGCCAUAAUUUCGAGAUAUCGUUGUUCACUGUUACGUCUUAAUGGGAUCCUGAGUUUUUUUAUAUCCCGCUGCUUUAUUAUUAUUUUUUUUUAUUAUUAUUUAUUAUUAUUUGUUAUUAGAGUAGCUACAUCUUUAUCAUUAGAUCGUGAUUAUUUUAUGGAUUCUUAAAAGCUCUAACAGAAGCGAUGUUACUUGUUAGAAUAUGUUAUAACGAGACGGUAAAGUUUGCAUGAGUAGGUGACAGGUGUACUUUUUUGCUUGUACACCUUGCUCACGACACCCUCAUGGGCACUAAACAGACUAAGGGAGCCGGGCCGGACCCCGGGUCCAGCCCACAGCAGAGCGGAUGGAAACGGACGCCGACCAAACAACGGGGCGAUAUCUUCGCCUCUUUCAUGCUGAGGUCAGGGGACAGGUUCGGUCGCGGCGGACCGCCACCUCCAUACCAGCGACGUAUCGGAAUGAUCCAAGAGAUGAUGGUGAUGGCUAAAGAGGGAAAGCAGAACGAGGUGACGGAGCUGCUUAAGACACUCCGACAGGAUCUGGGGAUGGAGUCGACCUCCCUGGAUGACGUUCUGUACCGCUACGCUAGCUUCCGCAGCCUGGUGGACCCCAUCACCCACGACCUCAUCAUCAGCCUGGCCCGAUACGUCCACUGCCCCAAAACGGAAGGGGAUGCUCUGUGCGCCAUGGAGAAGGUGUGCCGGCAGUUGACGUAUCACCUGAGCCCCCACUCACGGUGGAGAAGACAGGGCCUGCUGAAGAGGAAGCCCCAGGCGUGCCUAAAAGUCUUGCUGUCCGGCCCUCCCACGGGCGGGACGGUGGACCUGUCGGGGAUCCCGCUGGGGGUGCGGGAUGUGGAGCGUCUGAGCGCCCACCUCCAGCGCCACGCGGCCCGCGUGUGCAGCCUGGAGCUGGGCUUCACCGAGCUGACGGACGAGGCCUUCCUGCUGCUGCUGCCCACGCUGGGCGCCCUGCCGCGCCUGGAGACCCUGGCGCUCAACGGCAACCGGCUGACCCGCGCGGUGCUCCGUGACCUCACCGACGUGCUCAAGGACCCCGCCAGCUUCCCCGCCGUCACCUGGAUCGACCUGGGCAACAACGUGGACAUCUUCUCCCUGCCCCAGCCUUUCCUGGUCAGCCUGCGCAAGCGCUGCCCCAAGCAGGGCAACCUGCCCACCAUCCUGGAGUUCGGGGAGAGCCAGGCCAGUGAGCCCGAGGGCAGGGCCGGCGCGGGGGUCGCCGGGGACGACGGGACCUGCACGGAGAGCACCGGGGAGCUCGGGUCCGACACCGAGGGAGAGUCGGACGCAGGGUCAGAGGGGCACGGGAUCGUGGAGAUGAUCGACCAAGAUAAUGAGACUUUAGGAAGGGGGGAGGAAGUGAUGGGGGAAGACGGGGCAUGGGGAGAGAGGGAGCGAUGGAGGGCGGAGGAAAAAGAAAGUGGGGGUGGUGGCGAUGAUGCGCGAGGAGAGAGAAAUGGAGAGAGGAAGGAAGAAGCUGAGGGAAAGGAGGAAAUUCCAACAUGCUCAUUUCAACACCCCUGUGCUGUCCAAUCACAGGAGACCCCUGGGCACAUUCAGCCAAUAGGAGGACAGGAGGGGGAGGGUUGGGCAACAAGCGAUCAGACCUGAAACAGCUUUUUUUUGAAGCUAUCUGCGUUUGGUGAGAUUUUUGAACUGAAAAAAGGUAAAGGAAGAGGAAGAAGAGGUAUGGUAAGAAGACCCUGUCCCUUCCUAACCUGCCCAAGCCCGGAGUUCACCAAUGGAAUGGUAGAUUAUGAUAAAUAUAAUCCCUCCCAGUCUAUAUUAAAUACACAAAGUGGACAUUUGAAGAGAAGAUAGUGGAGUCAGGAGGAGGAUCGGGCAAAUCAUUAUUAUUAUUACUACCAUAUUAGUACACCAGGAUUGUAAACUGUAUUCUUAAAAAUAAGUAUAUUAUAAAUAUAGUUUGAGAUUCUAUGAAAUAUGUAUUUUUAGAUAUGAUUAUAUAUAUCCACUAUUGCAUCAAGGAUGUGGAACUUUCUGGAAGGUGUUUAACCCCGUGCUAAUUCACCUGUGCUAGGAAAAGCAUAUGUGCCUGCUGUUCUGACAACCUGCAUGCAUGGAGACACAGAUAGUCAGUCUGUGGUACUGGGGCCCUGUGUUCCUGAUGGGUUACCCAACAGCCCCAAGUGUUUGGUAACUGAUCCCUCCCCAUUUCCUAGUGGGGGGAAGCUGUCUGAUUGUGUGGUGGAGGCAUCCAGAGGGACGCUUUCUUAGCUCUUGGAGGUGGGGAAAAAAUCAGAUGAGUUGGGGAAAGCUGAGGCUUCAGCCUAGGGUGGUGCGCUGUGUUCUGUGGGGGGGCCUGCUCAUCCUGACCUUCAGAGUUUGGCUCCACCCCCAUGCAGCAAGGAGGGGAGGGGAAGAGUCUGGAGGAGGCCAUGCCACAGUCUAACAAAGAACAGGGGUAAGAACCGGAUCUGCCCCCCACCCCUUUGGGGUAAGAAUGUGCAUUGGGCAUGAGGCCAGGGGGAAGGGGAGGGAAGGAGGGGGCUGCUGUGUCCAGAUGUGUCCGAGACACCGUACUGUGCCCACAGACCACGCAGACGUGGUUACAGUGCACUAGAUUUCGUUUGAGAUGUUUACCCUACGUCAUCUUAUUACUGCAUGAAUCAUGUCCUUUCCUCGUGUUCCCUGUUUCCACUUAAUUUAAGGCUGGUUCCUGCAGCUUGUUUGCUUCUAUUUUUCAUUUAGGUCCAUUGUGACAUUCGAAUUCAGGAGAGGCACACUUUAACCUUCUGUUAUCAAUGGCCUGCCACAGGAACUGCACUGUGUGAUGGGAUUGUUUGUUCAUGUGCAGUAAAAAGAUUGAAAAUGAUUUUUUUUCCCAAUUUCUACUUACAGUAACACAAAAAGAUGUGUUUCACUUAAAAAUAAUCUUAGACAUGACUGUCCUCAAAAUAGCCUGCUUUGGCUUUAAUUACAAUUAAACAAAUUAUUGGAAUAUCUAUCUAUCCAAUAUCUAUCCAAUUAUUUUGCAGAGUGGGAAGUGGAGGGGUAGUUACACUGACUGAAAUCUGAUCUACCUUAAGUUUUUUUAACCACAGGUAGCUGAAUAUCAUUGGCUUGUAGUGUAAGUAAAACAGGCACUAAAGUUGCGAUAAAAAGAAGUUAGGUUAGGCUUAGAUGUGCAGAACCAAGUAAUCACAUUGUGCCAAAGUUAUUCCCAGCCAGAAAUUGCAAAGAAGCUUAAGAUUUCCGGAUGCAUUGUUCCGUACACACUCAGAAUGGUCCAGCUGAUUGGGCAGUAAUGUUAACAGGAGAAGAUCUGAAAGAAUAAGAAUAACAUCGGAGGCAAAAGACAAAUGUCUUGUGGUGUCUAGCAAACUGCACCACAACUACAGGAAGAACUCAAUGCAACAAGAGAGAAACCAGUUUCACUGAAAACAGGGAAAUGGCAACUACGAUCUGCUGAUCUAAGGAUAUGUAUCUGCCGUUUCCCAAUCUUUAUUCGUCCAGUGUUGAAGCUACUUGGUCCUCUGGAGUCUUUUCUUCUUGUUAAUAGCACGUAGCAAGGGCUUUCUCACAGAUACACAUCCAUUUAGACCUAGAGAUCGUAGCCGCCAUUUCAUUGCAGUCAGGGGAAAUGGUUUCUCUCUUGUCGCAUUAAGUUCUUCUUGAAGUUGUGGUGCAGUUUUACGAUAGUUUAUUUUGCUUGACAACACAAGAUAUUUGUCUACUGCCCCUUAAUCUUCCUGGUCUUCUCCUAACAUAGACCCUUCUGAGUGUGUAUGGAACAAAUUAAACAAAAUGGAAAAAUUGAUUAGGGAAGGACAUGUAGAUACGUGGGUAAGUGAAAUAAUUGUUUAAAACCCCAAAGAAAUCACAUACAGUACAGUGCAGUAUAGUACGUGCUGAUAUAUUGUAUUUAGCUUGUUGCCCAGGAAGCAUUGGUGUCCAGAAAGCUGUCAUGCUUUGUCAGCUGGACAGGUCUGCUGUUUCCCCCCCCCCCCCCCCAAAUAUAAGAGUCUGAAUAGUGAUGGAGUGAUGACAGAGCGCUGCCAGGAGAGAGGAGUCAUGUGUGCUUAGUUUUUGUGUAGAGAAAAUAGCCUGAAGUAGCUGAGUGAGCUGGGACUGCCUGAAAGACCCUCUGAAAAAUCUUUCUUCAAAACACCAUAUAAACAUACAGUAUAUUCCACUGAGCCCUUUCAACAAAUCUGAAAACUACAGCAAUUUAUUGCCUGUUGGCUGUUACAAUACUGUUUUAAAGUAUUUAAGUCUAACCUUUUCCAAUUUAUUGCUGGCGGUGAAUCAUAUGAAACAAUAAGUUUACAAAUAGUACAGAACUACCUUCAGUAUGGACAUAAUAUUUACCCUGUUUAUUUAGCAGUGACGGCACCUAGAGGUCUCUGUGGAGAUGUUGGUAGCUGGAGAUUACAGGAAGCAGAAACUGCCUGAACAACAAAUGACCCAUAUAUCUCCAUCAUUUUGAAAACUGGCCAAAGAAAUUAUUACUUACAAUGUGCAAAAUGAGCUUUUGGUGGGACAAUUCUUCAACGGUGUGUGUGUGUGUGUUUGUUUCUGGUGUCUGUGUGUGUGUGUCUGUGUGUGUCUGUGUGUGGUGUCUUUGUGUCUGGUUUGUGUGUGUGUGUGUGUGUGUGUGUUUGUUUCUGGUGUGUGUGUGUGUGUCUGUGUGUGUGUUUGUGUGCGUGUGUUUGUUUCUGGUGUGUGUGUGUGUCUGUGUGUGUUGGCGUAGUUGUUGAAGGAAGGGGAAUUUGUGCCUCCCUCAGUAGCAGCAGAGCUACACCACAAGGAAAUGUGUCUUAGAAAUUAAUUAAGCAGGAAUGGAAAAUAGAUGCUAUCAGUAUAUCAGUAAAUGUAAAAAUGGAAUGUCCUGACUUGCUGUCGCGUGGUAAAUGAGAAGGAAGCCUGACUGUGUGUCUUAGUUAUCCUGUCCUUCGCUGUUGACAUCAUCAUUUUCUUUGUUUACUGUCACAUUCUAGAUGGGGCUUGGGGGUGGGUGGCUGGGGGAGUGCUGGGAAUAAAAUACCAGUUUUGUUUUGGAGUGUGUCUGCAAAUUUCCCCAGUAACAAUAAAGGGCACCCCUGUAGCUGGGUUAUGAAGUUAAUGAUGCACCGACUCCAUUCUAUUAGAGCCUGUCACCUGACAGACAGGCAGGCACAGCUACAUGGUGGCAUUAUUAAACAACUUGUACAGUACAUUACUGUAAUUAACCCUUACUCCAAUUGAAAAAGUAGAGGAAGACUGAGAAGCAUGACUGGCGUAAGCCAAGGCACUAGGGAGCGUGUGUGUACGUGUGUGCGUGCGUGUGUGCGUGUGUGUGUGCGUGUGUGUCUGUGCAUGUGGAUGGGUUUGGGGGGGGGCACUGAAUUACAGACAAGGACAGCCACCCCCCAGAUAAUAUAAUAAUAGGAACGGUGGAGGAGGGGUAAGCCAAAAAAUUCAGAAAUGGGAAAGACAGACCAUGUCACUGACAUGUGAAACACCAAAGGAGAAGCUGAACAAAUGAAUUUAUAUUAUCCCUGUCUGCUUCAGGGAUUAUAUUACUCUCCCCAUCAUUUGUUUACUUGCCACAAACUGUGCGUGUUCGAUAUUUUAUGUAAUUUAUGUUCUGUAGCUCACCCUUGGCAAGACUGUCGGAAAAAUACAGUCACGAUAAAACUAAUCUGGGGAGCGUGGUAGACACCGUAAAUAAUCCCUCUUAUACGUCUUUUGCAAAGCAGAGCAGUUGGCUUGGCCUAAAAAAAAAAAUCUUCAGACUCAUGAUUCGGGAUUUCACUAAUCCAUUUCCUCUGCAAAUACGUAUUCAGAUACAGAGCGCUUCUGUGCUCAGACACUGAGCCUGUGCCGUCGGAUAAUGUUUCCCUCUCGCAGAACAUCCUGCCCGCCACAUGCAUUGAUAACACAUAAUCAGUGCAGAAAACAGCAAUCAUACCCACAAUGGCAUUCACAAGAGCAGAACAUACCCCUUAGUCAACCCAAACACAAACAGUACGCCUGUGUGCCUAUACGCAAAUAAGCUACUGAAAGCACACAGGAUCAAGAACGUCAUGGCGAUGAAAGAGGUUCAGGUGUGGAGUGGGCGGAGGGGAGGGGGAUGUCAUUUUGAAUAUUGAAAUGUAGAGCAAGAUAAUGUUCGUUUAUGCUCCUGUAAAGACUUCCGGUUCAUUAUGAAAAUCAGUGGUAAAGAAAUGUGCUGUUUUCUGUUAACCGUAGGACCACAUGUUGUAGCCAUUGAUGUAUUGUUUUAAUGCUUCUGAGUCAAUUUUGAGUAAUAAAAUAACUCAAUAAUGUAGACUGUUCUGAAACUGUUUCAUGAUUCAGGGUCAAUGAAUCCUCAGGCUCUCCUCUGUCUUUUGCCUUUGUAAAAACCAGUAGGCGAUGUCAAUCUGUGUCAUAAAAUUAAAUCAGGGAAAGUGUUUAGGGGGACAUAUUAACAAUCAUAAUAGCAAAUAUAUCAGUUCUUGCCAACACACCUGCAAAUAUAUACAUGUAUAGCAAGGCAUGCUUAAAAAAGAACAUCUUAGAUCUCCAGGUCAUCUUUGCUGACUGAGAGAGAUCCUGGUUGUCAAGGCCACGGGGGAGAGGGAGGUUACCAAGCGAGACAGUUGCUGUGGAAACAAAAAGGACUUGCUUUACUCCCAUUCUGAAUGAGCUGAAGUUUUCAUGAGACUGGGCAAUGCCAGUAUGCCUCAGUGGAAGGGGGAUUGGAAAAGGAAAUCAAAGCUCUGUAAUGUGCACAGUGUAGGCCACAAAUGUGAUUCAGAGAAGAGCCAAAAGACAAGCCAUUUAUUUGUGCACCCCAUAUCCAGCAACUCAGAUAUUGUGUGAACAUUAUAAUUCAUCCCCAAAUAAAUGUUCAUCACAUGCAA